GCCUGGACAUCUGAUAUACUAGUAUAUAUGGCUCUAUGCCAGGGCUUCCUCUAUGGACCGCUAACAUCAAUUGACAGUGACAUUGCGGCGCAGCUAACGCAUCUUUCUUGUUCCCCAUCCGCAUCUCCAUCCCGCCCCAAAGCGCGGGCUUCGCUCGCCUUGGCCCCCGCUUCGUGCUCUAUGCCGAUGGAUACUAUGUAGCCCCAUGGCUUUUGGCACCACAACGGAAACGGAACACUGUUUACCUGAAACAGCAGCAAACACACACGAGACACAGACAGAGACGUAGAGAGAGAAAGAGAGAAAUAGCGAGGGCAUUGGGAGAGUUGGCGCUCGCUGGCUCGUUUCCAUCGUUUCUGGCAGUGGCGGCGGCAACGGCAGCGCUUUUGGCAUCCCAGCACGCGCUCCACUGGCCAGUUCUCGUCUGAAAAUCAUCGCGUACGGGCACGAAAAGAAUCUGAAGCGCAAAGUUAACGACCUACCUCCGACAGCACCAAAACCAAACCAAACAGCAACAGAAACAGCCCAUAAACCAACACAGAAAGUACAAAAUCAAAUCAAAAGCAAAAGCAAUCAACAUGAUUAAGGCGAGAGAUUCGACGUGGCUGUUGCUCAUUUGUCUGUUAAUUGGACAAUUUUAUGUUCUCUGUCAUGGCUCGCCCAUUGAGGAGGAAACAGACUACCAGGGCGAUGACUACGACUAUGGCGAUACGGAUGGUGACGAUGGUGAUAAUUUAGAAGGAGCAGAUCCCCCCGAGAACCAAGAUCUGUCCGGUUCACCGCCAUACUUUGACCAAACCGAACUGAGGAUCGAGGCCAAACCGGGCGAUGAUGUGAUCCUCAAUUGUGAUGCACGCAAUUUCCAGAUCAACAACGCGGUGAUGUGGUACAAGGGCACGACGAUCAUUGCGAAUGGCCAGAAUUCGGUCAGCAACCGCGUGGAGGGCAUGAAGAACAACUCGAUCCUGUUGAGGGGUGUCACGUCUCACGACUCAGGCGAAUAUAAUUGUGCCAUACUUCCGCAGAACGUUCGACAGAUAACGACACUGAGGGUGGGCGCCCGGCUGUCGAUCCUCUGCGACGAUCGCGAUGUUACGGAUCGCUCGCAGACGUUCAGGCAGGGCGACCACCACAAGCUCGAGUGUCGAACGUACCUGUCCGCAGAGACCAGCAUCAAGUGGUCGUUUAAUGGUCAGCGCGUGGAGUCAUCCCCCGAGGACACGGCCGAUGGGAUCAUUGUGCUGGACAACGUAGACGAGAUGAACGCAGGCGUGUAUCAGUGCCUCGGCGACGAUGGGAGCCGCGAUCCCCCUCACGGCAUGGUCACCAUCGAUGUCCACUAUAGCCCUAAGGUCUCCACGCACCGGCACCACGUGAACACGGAGCAUGGCGGCACUGCCGAGAUGUACUGCAAUUAUCGCGCCAAUCCUAUUGCCAUCAGCUUCUUCAUCAAGGAUGGCAAGACGCUGCAGCUGUCCGAGAAGUAUUCGAUCAAGAACUCCUUCCACAACGGCCACAAUCGUACCACACUAAUUGUCAAGGAUGUCGAUGUCGGCGACCUGGGCGAGUAUCUGUGCCACGUGGAGAACGCCAUUGGCUCAAACGAGGCAAAGAUCCACCUCAGCUAUGACCCGGAGACGCCGCAAUUCGAGGACAUGACCAUCGACGGCACUAAGGUCACCAUGCACUGGCUGGUGCGCAGUCUACAGCCUCUGUCCGAGGCCAUGCUCGACUACAAGCUGACAGGGUCGUACACUUGGAGCACUGUUUCGGUUCUGCAAACGCAGCGACAUAAUCAGACGGGAGGCAUCUGGAAGAUCACGCAUCAGCUGGAUCUGCCGGCACGAGGCCUUUGGCAUGCCCGCGUCAAGACGAGGAACACCCAGGGCUGGUCCAACUUCUCGCCAGAUCAUGAUUUCCGCCUAGCGGACGAUGACGCAUCCAAUGAGCUUAUCGAUAUGAAUCUUCCACCAGACCAGAUCAUGCGCGCCGGCAUCGGGGGCUCAGUGGGAGGUGGAGCAGCAUCAGCGUUACAGCAGUUGCCUGCUGGCUCGUUCUUCUUGGCAGGUCUCAGCGUGCUCUGGCUGCGGCUGCGGCUCUAAGGGGUGCCGCCACUCUGGGCCAUCCGGUGGACUGUACAUACGUAUUUCCGGAUCACUUAGCUGGCGAAAGCAGCGAAAGAAACCAGCAUACACACACACACACGCACACACGAAACGCAAAUAGGAAAAGAAACUAAAGUAUUCUAAUUAUACAAAAUGCUAAUGCGCGCUGAUCCACCAUUGCUUGGGGUCAAUGUUAAUGCUAAUCCCCAUAUUAUAAUGCACGCUGGAGCGAUCGCCACUGAAACAUUUGUGCCAAGCAGAGGAUGGAAUCAAAAAUGGGAGGACUACGAGCGAAUUAAAGUUAAUUUAGUUUAGUUAAAGUAAAAAUGUAUACAGUGGAUGGGAAGUGGAUGUGAAUGUGGAUAUGGAUAAGGAAAGAAAUCUGCGACGAUCGGUUAAAAACCGCCCAAAAAGGAUUAACUUUGGAUUAACCUUAGCUGUAAUAUUUAUUUGUUUUGUAUGUUGUACGAGUAUGCAUGUGAGUAGUGGCAGUGAGGACGAGAGGGAGAAACUUCCUUGUUACCUGAAUCCGAACCGUAAAACGAAUAUAAAACGAAAGCCCACUUUUUGGGGAGCGCUCACGCUGGUAUAGAUGUACGGUGUGUACCUCUUCCAUGGAUCUAGUCCAGUGUGAGCAGGUCGUCCCUUCCCAGGCGGUGGGUCAUAGUGUAGAUCAAAAAUGGGUAAAGAUCUAGUGAAUUUUUAGGAUUUGCCAUAUGUACACACAAUAUUUUUGGAUAGCCAAGCGUACUUACAGCAUUUUUGAGAGCGAAUCAGUGGGUGACGGGUGACCGGAGGUCUAGAAGGAGAACGAAAAAGGGAGGCAGGGAGGCGGGUAGAGAUCUAUCGAAUGGCACGCGAAUUAUUAUAUAAACUAGACCAAAGCUUAGACAUACAUAUGUGUACCUACCAUACCCAUAUAUGUAUAUGAUACCUAUUUUUACGAAACCUACGCCACAUCAACUCAAUGGGAACCAGAAGAAACGAUACGAACAUUACACAUCAGACAAAGGGAUGCGUAUGUACUUAUACUUAAGAGAUACUGAACAAAUCGAUGAGAGCUAAACAGCCAUACAUAUAAUUAUUCAUAAUCAGGCCUCAAUCAACAAACAAAACACCUUUGUCUUUGAUUCUGCUACAAUACCUGAGGGGAAAUCGCCAUAACAUGCUGACCAUGUACACUAUAUAGUACGUGCGUAUCUAUAAUCAAAUUGUGAGUGUAAGAAUAUAUUUUAUAUAUAUUUUAUUUAAGAAUUAUAACAUUAAAGCUGAUCAAUAAACGUGCCAACUGAAGCAAUCAAGCGAAAUUGAUUCUUCCCAGAAAUCAAUCAAAAGAAAGUUCCAUAAACAAAGUUUUGAAAAACAGAACCUGAUUUCGACAGCCGACCUUUAAGCAUAUAUGUAUACAGAAUCAUAUAUACUUACAAAUAUAUAUAUAUACAAUACAUACAUGUGUAUAUCAAAAAGCCAGUGUCUUACAUGGAUAUUGUAAUUUCGUUGAAUCCACAAAAAAGAGAAAUGAAAUAUAACUAAACUAAACAAA